AUGAGUCAAUUGAUACUAUUAGAGUCAGCAGACAAACGCCCUGAUCAAGGAGUGGUAGAAAUUGGGUUUGGGCAUAAACUUAAUAAAACAAUGCUUAUGUCGCCACCUUCAAAGGCCAUCGUAUACGAGCAGCACGGCUCUCCUGAUUCUGUCACCAGAUUGGUGAAUCUCCCGCCGGUGGAAGUGAAAGAAAACGAUGUAUGCGUUAAAAUGAUCGCCGCUCCGAUCAAUCCUUCCGAUAUCAAUGGAAUUGAAGGUGUGUACCCGGUGAGGCCACCGGUACCAGCGGUUGGCGGUUAUGAAGGUGUUGGUGAAGUCUAUUCUGUUGGAUCCAAUGUUAAUGCUCUUUCUCCUGGUGAUUGGGUUAUUCCCUCUCCACCUUCUUCAGGGAUGUGGCAGACGUUUGUUGUCAAGGAGGAGAGUGUGUGGCACAAAAUUGACAAAUCUUGUCCAAUGGAGUAUGCAGCGACGAUUACUAUUAAUCCAUUGACGGCUCUAAGGAUGCUCGAAGAUUUUGUGGCCUUAGAUUCUGCAGGAGAUUCUGUGGUGCAGAAUGGUGCAACAAGUAUCGUGGGUCAAUGUGUGAUUCAGUUAGCGAAGCUCCGUGGCAUCAGUACCAUCAACAUUAUACGUGAUAGGGCUGGCUCGGAUGAAGCGAGAGAGAGUCUGAAAGCUCUUGGUGCAGACCAAGUGUUUUUAGAGAGUCAACUGAAUGUUAAGAACGUUAAAAGUCUUUUGGGGGGCUUGCCUGAACCAGCUCUGGGAUUCAACUGUGUUGGUGGCAAUGCCGCAUCUCUUGUUCUCAAGUUGCUGAGGUGUGCGCCGAACAUUUCUGUUUUUGUUCACUUUCAUUUGACUUCACGCUGUGCUGAAGGUAAAGUAAAAGAAUGCAGAGAGAUGAUAGACUAUCUCCUCGGCCUUGCGCGGGACGGGAAGCUAAAAUACGAGACGGAACUGGUUCCUUUCGACGAGUUCCCUGUCGCUCUGAAUAAAGCUCUUGGGAAGGCAGGUAGGCAACCUAAACAAGUGAUCACAUUCUGA